CCUCGCGCAGAGGUCGAGCCACACAGGUAACUCAGAAAAAAAUAGAAAGGAGAGGAGGAAAAAAAACUGCAAGGGUUGUUAUGGAGUUCGUGUGAAAGAAAAACGGAUUUCCACCCUUCUUUACCAGUUAAACCAGUAUCUCUGGAUAGAAUACACUCAAGUACUUCAACAGUUUUUACCCUUGUGGUCCCUGAUGGCUUCGCACAGUGAUACUCUGGUGGUGUUCUUUGGGGCAACAGCUGGUGCAAAUGGGGGUAAACUGGGUUCGGAUGAGAGGGAAAUAAUUCUCUUGGUGUGGCAAAUUGUGGAUCUACAUGAGAAAAAGGUCGGGAAGCUUCAUAGAUGUCUUGUCAAGCCAGACACUUUAGAGCUGACAGACCAGUGUAAAGAGGAGACAGGGCUGACUGUGCAGGACAUCGUUAAAGCUGAGCCCCUGGACAAAGUUUUGCAACAGUUCCAGCAGUCAGUGUCAUCAGAAGUGAAAUGCCUCAGCAGAAGCUCUUUCACACUUUGCGUCAACAGUCCCCUUGUCAUCCGACAGGCCCUCCACCCCGAAGCUUCCAAAAAGAAUCUUGUCCUUCCUGAAUGUUUCUUUUCAUUUGUGGACAUAAGGAGGGAGUUUUACAAAUGUUGCCCCAAUGCCAGCCCCUUACAAAAGCUCACUCUUGCCUCCAUGUUGGAAUAUGUUGGUCUUCCUGCUGUGUCAGAGCAGUCGAUAGGGGUGAGGGAGGUGAGCAGCAUGGUGCAGUUGACACUUCACAUCCUGGCUGAGCCCCACAACCACAAGUUCUCCUGUGUUGAAACAGUGAAGUACAAGUUUGAUUCCGGCACAUGCAGCAAGACAGAGCCAGUUGACAGUGAGACAGUGAUCAGAGCGCGGGGGCUUCCAUGGCAGUCUUCAGACCAAGACAUUGCUCGCUUCUUUAAAGGCCUCAGUAUUGCCAAGGGUGGCGUGGCCUUGUGUCUUAAUGCUCAAGGCAGGAGGAACGGUGAGGCCUUAGUUCGUUUCAUCAACUCAGAACACCGGGACCUAGCCCUGGAACGCCACAAGCACCACAUGGGUAACCGCUACAUCGAGGUCUACAAGGCCACAGGAGAGGAAUUCCUCAAGAUUGCUGGAGGUACAUCUAACGAGGUGGCCCAGUUCCUGUCCAAAGAGAACCAAGUGAUUAUUCGUAUGCGGGGCUUGCCAUUUAUUGCAACACCCCAGGAAGUGCUGUCCUUCCUUGGUCCUGAGAGCCCAGUUACAGAUGGUGCAGAGGGUCUGCUCUUUGUCAAGUACCCUGAUGGACGGCCCACUGGCGAUGCCUUUGUGCUCUUCUCUUGUGAAGAGUAUGCCCAGAAUGCCCUGAAGAAGCACAAGCAGAUCCUGGGGAAGCGGUAUAUCGAGCUGUUUCGGAGUACUGCGGCCGAGGUGCAACAGGUCCUAAACCGAUACAUGUCCACACCUCUGAUCUCUACACUGCCCCCUUCACCCAUCGUGUCUGUCUCGGCCCUUGCCACACCUCCAUACCUUCAAGCGGCCAGCAGCACUCGCGACUGUGUCCGCCUUCGUGGUCUGCCCUACACUGCCGGCAUUGAAGAUAUCCUGGAGUUCAUGGGAGAGCACACAGUUGACAUCAAACCACACGGAGUCCACAUGGUCCUCAACCAACAGGGUCGCCCCUCCGGUGAUGCUUUCAUCCAAAUGAAAUCACCUGACAAGUCAUUUAUGGUGGCCCAGAAGUGCCAUAAAAAGACCAUGAAGGACCGUUAUGUCGAGGUGUUCCAGUGCUCCACAGAGGAAAUGAGCAUUGUGCUGAUGGGAGGAACCCUGAACCGCAGCGGCCUCUCCCCUCCACCCUGCAAGCUUCCCUGUCUGUCUCCACCCACGGCCUACGCUGCCUUCCCCACCCCACCUUCCAUUCUCUCUGAGGCGGCCCUCUACCAGUCCCCCUUGCUGGCUGCUCCCAGACCACCUCACACCGUCGCACACGGCCCUGCUCACACUUUGGCCUACUAUCCUCCUCAUCCACAUCUGUACAUGAAUAUGAACAUGAACUACACAGCUUACUACCCCAGCCCCCCAGUUUCUCCUUCCACAGUUAGCUACUUUGCAGCUCCACCAGGAGCAGUGGCAGCCCAACCCCACCCUGCUGCAGCUGCCGGCUCUUCUGUGCUACCUCAACCUGGCGCCCUGGUCAGGAUGCAGGGCCUGCCCUACAACACUGGAGUCAAGGACAUUCUCAGUUUCUUCCAGGGAUACCAGGUCAGCACAUGUUACACAGAUAUAAAAGUGCAUGGGUUUUUGCAAGUAAGUAGGGGCCACCCAAAGAUGCUCAGUGUGUACAUUUGCAGCCAUAUUCUCCAAGAGGUUGCCUCUCAAGUUUAUUGGCAGAGAGAAAAUAAGAUAUUGAGUUAUUUUUUAUUUUAACUGAGUCAGUUUAGCUCUACUUGUAAAAAGCUCACACACUUAAAGUGGCACCUUCUUUCCAGAAGGACCAGUGCAGUGUUACAGUAAACCAUCUACACCUGCCACUUUAUGACGUUAAAUUUGAAUGAAGACCAGGAUAACAAUAGGCAGUGUGUGGCUUUUUUUGUUGAUUGUAAACUCUUCACACAGCCUGCAACCCUUACAUGUAAAAGUCUAGAGCUGAUACUCAGCUCUACACCCUGCACCAAGUAAGAUUUCCUGUUACAAUAGGUGCUUUUUUUUUUAAUUGCGAAAUCGCACCACAGUAAGAUUCAGACAAAAGACAUCAGCACUUGUACUGUCCUCCUUUCUUUGUGCUUACCCUAUUUAUCUGCUGCCAGUCUAAAUUAGGUGGAGUCCUCUGAAGCAGGUAUGAAGGUGUGACUUCAGUUUGGCACAUUGGGGAGGGAAGAGUAGGAAGGGUGGGGGUUUGAGGUAAGGGGUUGUGCGGUUGUUUUGGCAUGGCUUAUGUCAUUUAGUUCUCUCUCUCUCUCUCUCUCUCUCUCUCUCUCUCUCUCUCUCUCUCUCUCUCUCUCUCUCU